CUUCCCUCUCUUUCCCUGACGAAAGGAAGUCAGCCAGAGGAGGUAAUCGCGCUCCUACCUUGAUCUUGCUUGCAGCACUUCGUUCCUUAUUUCUCUCUUUUUCCGCCUUCCGCGAUACGAGGGAUGAUGGGGUGAGGUGACAAUCGCUGGAAGGGGAAUCGCGAUGAUGAGGGAGGAGGGUGGAUCUGCAGCGGAAUCCCAUCCGGCCCAUGGUGAUCUUCAUGAUCGGGGCGGAGGGCUUCAUCGGAUCCCAACUCUGCGAGAAGCUGAUGGGGGAGACCCUCCUCACCGAGUUCGCGGUGAACGCCUACAGCGACGAGAUCAAGCACCUCUUGGAGCCGGCCCGCCAGGCAGAGCAGCAGCUCCGGACACCCCUGGGUCGGUCGAAUCCACUUCCACCGCCUCAACAUCAAGUACAACUCCAGGCUCGGGGUCCUCAUCAGGAUGUCCCAUGUGACGAUCAUGCGAUCUGCACGCCGGCAUAUCACGACACUCGGCCGCUUGAUGCCAUCUCAGCAAUUUCGUCGACGCUUCCAAAUUUAAGAGUCACUUGCACUUCCUCAGUUUGACUGUCCAAUUUCCGCUGAUAUCUUUUUUUUCAAUUUUGUUGCUGAUUAGGUGUUGCUCAGAGAACAAUAAGCGGCUCACUCACUUCUCCACUUGUAAAGUCUAUGGAACAAUAAUUAGGAGCGUCCUUCCAAAGGAUCACCCGUAGACAGGUAUUGCAGUCUGUGGAUCACCUAAAAGCUAAGGACCUAAAGUGAAGGAACAUCGUGCAUUGACAGCGAAUUCUACCGUGAAGGGUGAAGGGAAUGAUGACACUGACAAACGGAUUGUCAGCAUGACUAUUCUCAAUAAACAACUUGGUUGGAAUCCAAGAUAUCACUGUGGAACUUGCUCGAGUUGACUCUUACCUACCAGGUGGACAAUGGCAAAAUCUACCGCGUCCACUUAGGUGCAACCGAAUUUGGAAGUCAACCUUCGUGGCCCUACAUGUAUCUGCAUCGACAUUAUGACCACAAGAUCGACUGGAAUAAUCCUCAGUGGAAUGAAUGGUUGUCUCUCUCGCCUCAGCACGAUACCAGGCGGCUCCACCGAGACAAGGUUACAUGAUCGAUCCCAUCGAUCCAAUAAAAAACCCUGCCUUGAGAAACCUGUGGAUUUCGAAACAGUCCGCGGGCAGGGAAAACCAUGGGCAUUUUUCCGCGGCGGUUUCGGGUAACAGGAGUUACGCAUUGCCGCUUGGACCCCACCUUUCUUAUUGCGAGACGACUUUGGCUGCAUGCUCUCCGCCACGGACCACCGAAAUCGGAUGUCAUUGGACCUCGCACGGGCGGAUAUCAUUCACUUCUUGGAGCCAAUUGGACAUGACGGCCGUCUGUUCGCUGUCGGAGGUAGACGCAGCCGAGUCCACCAACUUCACCCACAGGAAGUUGGAAAACAUGCGACUGAAACCGAUGGAAUGCGAGGUUGUGAUCCCUCCCCGUCCCUCCGAUUCCGAAAACCACGUACGUACUUUACCACCUCAAAAACCGGCGGCACUCACAGCUCCACGCCCCGGAGAAGGACAUGGGAGCGAUGCCCAUCGAAGCGAGCGGCGCUCUGCUCAUGGAGUAGAAGUCGUGACGCAGCAUUAGACGCAUCUUUCAGAGAACUGAGCUAUAUGAUCUUCACGCUCCUGGGUGCUUCGGAGACUUUGCGACCCUCGGGGUUUCGUUGUCUCGCGCGCUUUACCGGCUCGGCGGCCGCCCCAUGAAAAGGUAGGGCAGCGAAGGGAAGAGCAGCGAGAGCAUUAGUGUCGUAAUUGAUACUUGUAGGAAGUGAAUGAUGAAGAUGGAUGGAGGGAAUGGCGUGCCCGGGGGAAUGCUGCCCACCAGCAUGGGCUCUGGAGGAUUGCUAGGCCUGGACAUGUCUCUCCACCCUCACCAACAGAUGCAGCAGCAACAGCAGCCGCUGCUUCAUCACCAGCUCCAGCAGACGCACCACAUGCUGCCGUUCCAGGCUCCGACAGCCAGUGACGGCGACCGCCAGGCCGAGCAGCAACCCGUGAGGCACGCCCAGUACGUGCCCCCGUUUGGCCACGUCAGGGAUAAACAGCAGCCGGCCAUGAGUUCCGAGGAGGAGCCCAGAUACGGGGACGAGGUCGAUGACCAGGUGCGGCGGGGAGGGAUGUCGCAGCCGUCGCCGUCGGCCUCUCCGUGGCAGCGGAUGAAGUGGACCGACGGCAUGGUCCGGCUCCUCAUCCAGGUGGUCUACCGCGUGGGGGACGACGGCGGUGGGGCGGAGGGGGAGCAGCAGCAACCCCAGGGCUCGGUUGCAAAGGGCAAGAAGUCGUCGUCCGCGGCGGCGGCGGCAUCGGCAUCGGCAUCGGCAUCGGCGUCGGCGUCGGCGCUGCUGCAGAAGAAGGGGAAGUGGAAGUCGGUGUCGCGGGCAAUGAUGGACAAGGGGUUCUUCGUGUCGCCGCAGCAGUGCGAGGACAAGUUCAACGACCUGAACAAGCGAUACAAGCGGGUGAACGACCUCCUUGGCAAGGGAACGGCCUGCCGGGUGGUGGAGAACCAGGCUCUCCUCGAGACCAUGGACCUCUCCCCCAAGGCUAAGGAGGAAGCCCGCAAGCUCCUCAACUCCAAGCACCUCUUCUUCCGCGAGAUGUGCGCCUACCACAACGCUGGAGCUUACUCCGCCUGCGCCGCCCCUCCCCCUCCGCAGAUGCCGCCGCCCCAUUCCUCAGAUCAGCAGCAGCACUGCUUCCACCACCCGCCUGGCCGAGCUGACACGGCACUGUCCACGAGGAAGGUUGCAGGAGGUAGCAGGGCCGCCAUCGUCGCCGACGAGGAGGGAAUGGCGGAAGAUAUGGACGAUGACGAUGAUGUGGACAGCGAGGACGAUGACGACUACGAUGACGAGGAUGAUGAUGAUGACGACGACAUGGAAGGACACAACCAUAAGCGCUACGGGCACCACCACCAACACAAGCACGACGAGGUGGGGGAGGACGAGGACAACAAGAAGCACAGGAAGACGGCGUCUCAGACGUCAGCCUCCCCUCCGCUCUCACUGACGCUGUCGUCGCCAUCCAGCUCCGUGCAGCAGUUGCGGUCCGAGAUGGUGGCCAUGUCCGGCGGGGGUGAGCAGCAGCAACGGCAGUGGCUGAAGAGGAAGGCAGCGGAGCUGGAGGAGCAGCGGGUGGCGUACCAGUGCCGGGCCUUCCAACUGGAGCGCCAGCGCUUCAAAUGGCUCCGCUUCAGCACUAACAAGGGACGCGAGAUGGAGCGCAUGAAGCUGGAGAACGAACGCCUCCGCCUUGAGAACGACCGCAUGGCGCUGCUACUCCGACAAAGAGAGCUCGAGCUCAUACAGGGAGGCAGCGGCGGCGGUGGCGGUGGCGGUGGCGUCUCCUCCUCCGCCGAGCAGCAGCUAAUGCUUCAGAACACCAAUGCCAAUCCUAGCUCUGCUACUACGGUCUAAAGCUUGUCUUCUUUGUCGCCCCAGGAAAGAUUAAGACGGAGGAGGCUUCAAUGCGCUGCAGCGGGCAAUUAACGUGCACAUUCCUGCCUUUGCAAUAGCAUGAUGGUGUGAUGACCACAAGUAGACGCGAAAACCCGGAAUGAGUUCUUUUAUGGUAUCUUUGUAAUUUUUCCUUCACUUAAGUUUGGCGUUUUACUGUAACGAAGAACUGAUACAUUUUCGUU